UCCCUUCCACGUGAUUACUCUGAGAUCCAUGGUACAGUUCAUUUGCAGAGAAUCUAAGUACUGUGGACUUUGUGACUCCAUAGUAACCAUCUAUCGGGAAGAGGGCAUACUAGGAUUUUUUGCGGGUCUUAUUCCUCGCCUCCUAGGAGACAUCAUUUCUUUGUGGCUCUGUAACUCACUGGCCUACCUCAUCAAUACCUAUGCACUGGACAGUGGGGUUUCCACCAUGAGUGAAAUGAAGAGUUAUUCUCAAGCUGUCACAGGAUUUUUUGCCAGUAUGUUGACCUAUCCCUUUGUGCUUGUCUCGAAUCUCAUGGCUGUCAACAACUGUGGGCUUGCUGGUGGGUGCCCUCCUUACUCCCCAGUGUAUACUUCUUGGAUAGACUGCUGGAGUAUGCUACAGAAAGAGGGAAAUAUGAGCCGAGAAAAUAGCUUGUUUUUCUGGAAGGUCCCCUUUGGGAAGACUUAUUGUUGUGACCUGAGAAUGUUAAUUUGAAGAUGUGGGACAGGGACAGUGACAUUUCUAUAGUCCCAGACGCACAAAAUUAUGGGAGAGAAUGUUGAUUUCUAUGCAGUGUGGCACGCUUUUUUAAUAAUCAUUUAAUCUUGGGA